CAUCUCUGGCUGAGGUAAACUCAUUCAGUCCUUCAAUGCCAAUAUCCCCCUCAUCAAUGAUAAACCAGUAUAAAUUUGAAGAUGGACCAGAACUAAGAGAUCUCUUCAUUACAGUCGAUGAUCCUGAAAGCCACAUUACAGCCAUUGAAACCUUUAUUACAUACAGAGUAGUCACAAAGACAUCCCGUGGUGAAUUUGACUCCAGUGAAUAUGAAGUUCGAAGACGAUAUCAGGAUUUCCUUUGGCUGAAGAGCAAACUUGAAGAAGCACAUCCGACACUGAUUAUUCCUCCAUUGCCUGAAAAAUUCAUAAUGAAGGGAAUGGUGGAACGAUUUAGUGAUGAAUUCAUUGAGACUCGAAGAAAAGCUUUACAUAAAUUUUUGAACCGUAUUGCUGAUCAUCCAACUUUAACUUUUAAUGAAGACUUCAAAAUUUUUCUUACUGCACAAGCCUGGGAACUCUCCUCACACAAGAAGCAGGGUCCUGGUUUGCUGAGCAGGAUGGGACAGACCGUCAGAGCUGUAGCAUCCUCAGUAAGAGGAGCAGUUAAAAAUCGUCCUGAAGUGUUUACAGAAAUGAACGAUUACAUGGAAACAUUUAGUCAGAAAAUAAACUUACUAGAUAAAAUAGCUCAUAGAAUUUACAAGGAAGAAAGGGACUACUUUAAUGAAAUGAAGGAGUAUGGUCCCAUCCACACACUCUGGUCAGCAUCUGAAGAAGAUGUAGCAGACUCCCUAAAAGGCGUUGCCAGCUGCAUCGACAGGUGCUGCAAGGCUACGGAGAAGCGAAUGGCAGGACUCUCAGAAAACCUGCUGCCCAUUUUACACGAAUACGUGCUCUACAGUGAAAUUCUGAUGGGUGUUUUGAAAAGGAGAGACCAAAUUCAAGGCGAGCUUGAUUCCAAAGUUGAUGCUUUAGCCAAUAAAAAGACAGAAAAGGAUCUGUUCUCAGAGGAGAUUGGGAAACUUGAAGAUAAACUUGAACGUGCCAAUAAUGCCCUGAAAGUGGAUUGGGACAGGUGGAAGCAGAACAUGCAGUGUGAUAUGAGAUCAACUUUCACUAAUGUGGCUGAGAAUAAUCUCCGUUAUUAUGAAGAGUGCCUUGCUACAUGGGAGUCCUUCCUAGCAUCUCAAACAGUGGAUCUUCAUGUGGAAGAAGAUUCUGAAGACAGGCCUUGAGGAUUGUCCCUGCUUGAUCUCUGCCUUUUCCAUGCAGUUUGUACCAACCAAAGUGCUUUAUAUAAGAUCAGAUACAUUAUUAAAUUUUACUCUUAAAAUCAGUGAAAUGCAGGAAACCAGCUUAUAGAACACUCAGGUUUUCUAGUCCUGAAAUACAUUUUGGAACACGCUAUAUAUCGCUUUAUAUUGCUUAGCUCUGAUUUUACAUAUUUUUAUGCAUUCGCAUACAAUCGUUUUCAUAAAUAUUGCAUAAUUUGGAUGAAAAGUAUUUUAAAUAUGUAAAAAUAGCUCCAUUUUAAUAAAAAGUUUAAUAA